CUUACGUGUUUUCCUGUACUUUGCAGAAAACAUUUGAUUACUCAAAUGAAAAUUUUUACUGAAUAUGAGUGUUUCUCUCUUCAACCAUUUGAUAUAAUUUGGUCUAUAAUAUAUAAUGGUGUGGUUACGCGUGGUUGUUAGCGUUUUGAUUGCUGUCGCUUCAUUGAAUAUAAUACAAGACGUGCUGGAGCGAGAGGGCUACCUGCUGAUAAUCGGCAUACUGUCAGCGCGGAACAACACAGAGCAGCGGCAGAGCAUCAGAGACACGUGGGCCAACCUCGUGAAGAACAACAUGAAGUACUUGUUUGUGGUUGGCGACCACAGCUGCAGCAUCCCUCCUGAGGAUCGAGUCAGCGAGUAUGACUGCGAGGAGUGGAGACCUCCCAAGAUUGAAGACAUAGCGAAGGGAGGGGAAGUGUCGAGCAGCACGGUGAACCACGCGAUGGCGGACCACGCAGCGGCCUCGCCCCCCAGGAGGGUGUUCACGGGCUUCACGUUCCGGGUGCUGCACGCGGUGACGCUGCGCCGGGUGAGCGUGGCCCGGCACCUGCUGUCCGGCUCCCGGGCGGUGAAGGUGACGCUGAGCCCCGCGGGCGGCGGGCCCCCGCUCCUCGCCACCACGCUCACCCGCGAGGACCUCGCAGCCAACCACUCCCUUGCCGUGUCCCGCUCCGUCACCCCGCACCUGCUGAGCAAGGGCUUCGAGGGCUCUCUGGAGCUGGCCGUGUCCGGGGGCCCCGAAGGCCUGUGGGCGGUCGGCCACUUCUGCUCCUUCAGCUGGAACAUGGACAACGGCGUGGUGGCGUUCCUGACCGUGCGCACCUCGCCCGGGGACCAGCCCGUGCCCUUUCGAGAGCACCUCUGCGCGCCGCUCGCCAUGGUGUUCACCAUUUACGACCCUGAGGCACUUGUCCUGCACGUCAAGGAGCGUUCCGCGCGCCAGGACGCGUGGAACGGCAAGCUGCGCAAGCUGAACCACGCGCUCAUGUCGGAGAUGGCUUGGAAGAACGACAUCUUGCUCCUGGAUGUGGAGGACACGUACAGGAACCUGCCCAGCAAGAUGCUUGCCUUCUAUGAAAUGGCCUACAAAGAGUUUGAGUUCUCGUAUCUGCUGAAAACCGAUGACGACACGUUCGUGGACGUGAAGAAAGUGGUGAAGACGCUGGAGGACCUUCAGGAGUCCGAGGAGACGGACAUGCAUGCGAGGCCCGGCCCGUGGAUCUGGAGCUGCUUCCGGGAGUUCUGGCCGGUGCAGGCGCAUGGCAAGUGGGCGGAGCCGUCUUACCGCUCGCUCACGUACCCCCCGUUCCCGUGCGGUGCGGGCUACGUGCUGAGCCGUGACACGGUGCGGUUCCUGGCUCUCAACGCCCGCGAGCAUCUCCACGCACGCUUCCAGGGGGAGGACGUGUCCCUGGGCAUCUGGCUGGCGGGUGUGAACCCUGAGCGGUACGUGGGCGGGGCGCCCGUGAACGGGACGGUGCCUUGCGAGUGGACGCACGGCCGCGACCGGUGCACGGCGACGGCCUGCAACAAGGCUCAGCUCAGCAUCGUGGAGAUGUACAACACUUGGAACUUGCUCAACCUGUGUGGCAACAUGUGCGCGUGCACCUAGACCCUGCUCCUCUCGCUCCCCCCGGUGAGCUGAUAGUCAGUACGUGACAUCACCAUUUGUGUGUUGUGGGCCCUCUUGUUCCUGCCGUGGGAAAGUCUUCAGCAUUGCACCCGUGAAAUACGUCCAAGGAAUGUUCAAAACUCUGUAAAUAUUGCAAACAAAACCUGCUAUUUCCCAGUUUAUGUUUGAAUUUCUUUUUGCUACUGGUGCAAUGCCCUGUCAUUUGUGAAUAUCAAAACAAAGCUUUUUGAAUUGUAUUUAUUUAAAAAACUUUAUUAUAAUAUAAAUAUAUAAAUAAUUAUUUUCCUAUAGAAUUUUUUAGAUGUCACAUUCAUUCUUGUUUUCUGUCAUAAAUUAUUUAUUUUUAUUUUAUUUUAUAAUGAUUAGUUUUAUCUUGUUUCAGUAUACUCUGUGAAACAUUGUUAUUAAGUGUAAAAAUAUUUAUGUACAUAAGAGAAAAAAUACAGUUGGUGUAAUGACAGUGUGAAACAGUGAGACAAGUAUUUACUCUAUGGUAUAUUUUUGAACACCUUUGUAUACUGUGAAAUGAAUAAAUUAAAAUAGUUUGAACUGCACAAUAUUAAACAACUGUGAAUGUUUUGCUGUUGGCUUGCUUUCAGGAUCAUGUUAUCUCCAGCAAAGUAGUGCCAAGGUGUCUGCCUUGCUCAGGAUGAGAGAUCUGAUAGCAGGCAACAUUAAGAUCGGGUUUAUAAACUGUGCUAUAUAUGCAUUAUUGCAAGGAUGCAAAAUUCAUGUAAGGCUAUACAUAAAUGAAUGGUCAUUUAUCAUACAGCCUGAUAUUUGUAAGAUGUCACUAACACUGUAACUUGAAAUUGUUUAAACGGUAAACUAAUUUCUUUCUUGGGCUCUUUUUAUAAUUUAUGUUUAUCAUAAAAUAUGUGAAAUUCUUAAUAAUUUGAUUUAAAAGUGUUAUCAACUUUUACUGUGCAAAAGUUGAACAAAAAUGAACUGCUAUGAACUGCAGCCUUGAAUACAAUGACAUUUGCAUUUUUGAAAGUGUUUGGAAUCAUCACUUAAACUAUAGAAGGCAGGAAUGCAAGCCUAAAUGUGAGAAUCUAAAAAGCUGAGCAAAGCUUACAUUGCAUUUUUGCAUCUUUCGUAAUUUAUAAACAGGUAUCCUAAAAUGUAGAUAUUUAACUUUUUGCAUCUUGCAAGUUUUGCUUUUCUUGGGUAGUUUAUAAACCUAGCGUAAGGAUGACACUGAAUCAUGCAUAACAAGCCUCUUCACCUGUAUAAUGAUGGAACCAAACCCUUGUUAGAAUGUGAGGCAUGACUAAAAUGAACUUGAAGGUUUUCUGCACUAACCAUAACAACUGGACAUUGUGUGUAAAAUGUUUCAUACUAAAAAAAUUCAUUAAAACACCAGUUUUUGCCAUUAAGCUGAUAUAAAAAAAAUAAGUCAAAAUCUAAUGAUAAAGUAAACUUGUAUACACAAGUGUAAAAUUUAGAGGCACUUUAACACUGUUGUUAAUCUGACAGCUGUCAAAAUUCUUGAGCAGGUUUGAAUAAAUAUUUUUACACCAACUACGUAUCUGUAAGAAUUUUAUAUUCAGCCCACCCAGGCAGCCACCUUAAGCUAGUUUCUAGCAUUUAUUUAUUUUGUUCUAAGUUUCCGGUAGCCGUAAUUACUGAGCCGCUGUCAUAUUCCCAUUCCGUGGCAUGGUUCAGUUUAUGAGCGUUGAGUCAGUACCCAAGUUGUUCGGAUACCUCGUUGAUCUUGAAUGUGUAAUCUUGUGUCAUGUUCUCAUAUUGUUUGGUACAGACACCUACUGUGACAAUUUUAUUUCUUGUUCCAGCCCACCAUUCAGACGUUGCCAGUGUUCAGCUGAUAAAUGAUAAGAAUAAAUUGUAUUCAUACUCUGCAUUACAAAUACACUUUAACCAAACACUUAAAAUGCAGCAGUGAGUGCGUGGAUCAGGCUAUUGGGAGUGAAAGGGAAGAAAAUCCUUCAGAGGCAGCUUAAAGUCGUGGAAGAGUAAGUUUGGAGAAGGACUCCUUGCCACUGGAUAGAAGCCCAAUUGCAGAUUGAAGAUGACUAACUUAUGAAACUUCAUCUUUUGCUGAAUGCAUAAAAAUCCUGUAGGAAAAAAAUCAUCCCCUAUGUUUUAUUUUCUGGUAUUAUUAUUUUGCACCUUGAAAGUAGCGAAAGUUAUACACAUUUAUCAUGUGUGUGGGUUAUGAUGACAAAAUUGUCUUAUUAGGAAGGAAGCCUGCAGAAUCAUUGUGUCAGCUUUCUGGUGGUAAUCUAGGCUGUCUCAGCCACUUGUGAUGUUAUAUUCACUUGUUAACCUAAUGAAUUAACCUUUUGAUUUAAUGGACAUUUGAUGCAGUUUUAACAGAUUUAUUACAUGUU